UUCUUUUCUCAAAUGGUUCGAAAUCCUUUGGUACCAUUUCCGGAGGGUACACGAGGAUAGUAAACAGUAAAACACAGAUGUCGGGAAACAAACUACCGAACAAUCUUCCUCAGCUUCAAAACCUGAUAAAAAGAGAUCCUGGAUCAUACAAAGACGAGUUCCUUCGACAAUGGCGACACUUCACAUCCAACAUGGAAGUCUUCAAGUUGAAGCCAGGGAGUUAUUCAAAAACAGUGGAUGAACUUACAACAUUCUUAGCUCAGGUGUCUCACUGUUACCCAGAAGUACUGAAGGAGUUUCCAGAGCAGCUUCAUGAUGUUCUACAGAACAGUGCCACAAUUAUUGAUGCCACAAUGCGCAUGACAUUUGUUAAAGCCUUGAUUAUGCUGCGAAAUAAAGGCUUGAUCCAGGCCACUACUGUAUUGGAAUUGUUCUUCCGGCUGUUCCGCUGCCAGGAUAAGCUGCUACGCAAAACAAUCUCAAACUACAUCAUCAGUGACAUAAAAAAUAUCAACAGCAAGCAUAAAAAUCUGAAACUAAACACAACUCUUCAAAACUUCAUGUACAGUAUGUUGCGUGAGAGUCACCCAAUUGCUGCAAAGAUGUCUCUAGAUGUGAUGAUAGAGCUGUACAGGAGAAAUGUGUGGAAUGAUGCCAAAACAGUAAAUGUCAUCGUCACUGCUUGCUUCUCAAAAGUAACAAAGAUUUUAGUGGCUGCAUUGCAGUUCUUCUUGGGUAAACAGGAUGAAGCAGAGGAAAGCGACAGUGAAGAAGAGGCUCCUCAGAAAACUGCAAAAGACUUGGUGCUGGCUCAUAGAGUUGGGCGAAAAACAAAAAAAAGGCAGAAGAAGCUAGACAGAGCUCUUCAAGUGAUCAAAAAGCACAAGAAAAAGAAGAAAGCAGAAUCAUUCAAUUUCACAGCCCUUCAUUUAGUUCAUGAUCCCCAGGAUUUCAGUGAGAAACUGCUUCAUCAACUAGAGCAAACAAAUGAACGAUUUGAAGUGAAGUUGCUCAUGAUGGAUUUGAUUUCAAGAUUAGUUGGUGUUCACCAGCUGCUUUUGCUCAAUUUCUAUCCGUUUCUGAAGAGGUUUCUUCAGCCACAUCAGAGAGAGGCCACCAAACUUCUUCUUUAUGCAGCGCAGGCUAGCCAUGAGCUAGUGCCUCCAGAUGCACUUGAAGAAAUCCUUGUAACAAUUGCUAACAACUUCAUCACUGAACGCAAUUCUAGUGAGGUCAUGGCUGUUGGUUUGAAUUCAGUGAAGGAGAUUUGUGCAAGAUGCCCUCUAGCAAUUGGUGAAGACUUGCUGCGGGAUCUUGUUCAAUACAAGACACAUCGUGAUAAAGCUGUGAUGAUGGCAGCCAGGGCACUGAUCCAGGUUUAUCGCCAUAGCAAGCCAGAACUGCUACACAAAAAAGAUCGAGGCAAGCCAACAGAAGCAACCAAAGAACACCACACAUUGGUUUAUGGAGAGAAAGCAACCUAUGAUCAUAUUCCAGGUGCAGAGUUGCUGCUCAGGGCUGACCAAGAACAACAGGACCAGGAAGAAUGGGAAUCUUGCAGUGAAGAUGAAGAUGAUGACAGUGAUGGCUGGAUUGAUGUGCAUCACUCUUCUGAUGAAGAGAUUGAGGACAAAGCACCAGCUGCAGAGGAGCCAGGCGAAAAGAGGCGGCAAGCACAGGAGGUGUCUGUAUCACGUAUUAUGACUCAAGAAGAUUUUAAGCGUCUGCAGACAAUACAAAUUGCUAAAGAGGCAGGGCUUUCACAUACUGGAAAAUCAAGAAAACGAAAACGACCAGCUGAUAAUCCUACGGAUAGUGGAGAGUUGCCUAACCUGGGGGACAUUGAGAAUGUUCACAAGAAGCGAGCACAUGACAAGGAAACUCGGCUUGCAACUGUGCUGGCUGGGAGAGAGGGUCGCCAAAAGUUCACAGGUGGCGGGCCAAACCGGAUGAACCCAAAGGCCAGUACAACCAACAGAGAAAAGAGAAAGAACAAGGUGUUUGGGAUGGUCAAACAGAAACUUGCACGAAAAGAACGAAGGUCUUUUAGGGACAAACAGAUUGCCCUAAGGAACUCACUUCUGAAGCAAAUGAAAAACAAGAGGAAAUAGCUGUUUUUGAUGAAUAAAAGCUGGAAAUUAA